AUGUCAGCUAUUCAGCCGACCGUUCUGAGCUUUCCCAGCAUCGCCGAGGUGAAUGCCGAGAAGAGGGCAAGGUUCUUCGACAAGCUGGGAGCGGCUUUUCGACUCGUAAGAACUGAGGAGCAUAUGGAAAUCAUCGAGGAAGUCAUCGCCUUGUACAACAUCAAACAGCAGGCGAUCAAGAAACUACCUCGUAUUCAGCAGAUUUUUGAGGAAUGCAGGGAUGAGGAUGAUUGGUGCAAAGUUUCUCGUUGCAUUCAGGAUUGUAACCUUCACGAUGAAGGCUGCGAACAUUGCCAGAUGGUAUCUGAGUAUUCGAAGUUCUGGGAUUUGGAAGAAGAAGCUGUGAAUAACUUCCCAAUUCACCGUGCCCCUGAGUUGGAGUGUGCUCGAGACGCACUUGUGGACCUGCUUCACGAUUAG